UCUUUCUCUCACUUCACUGCCUUUAUUUUUUACAUGUACAGAUACUGAUAUGAAGCCCAAGUUGCCCAAAUUCAUCAGAUAUUUUUGAAGACGAAGAAGAGCGGCCAUGACCGACCCUCCUCCAGCCAGAGGACCAGCACCACUGGAUCAUGAUACUGAGAAAGGGCUUAGAGAAGAGCAAGUGAUAGGUAAUAAAGAAGCCAACAACUUGGUGAUCCCAGAAGAUGGUCAUAGCUGGAAAAAAUAUGGCCAAAAGUUCAUCAAAAAUAUAAGAAAAACCAGAAGUUAUUUCAAGUGCCAUAAGACGAAUUGCAGAGCCAAGAAGCGAGCAGAAUGGUCUGCCUCGAACCCGAAGAACAUCCGAAUUAGCUACGAUGGGGCUCAUACCCAUUCCCCUUCGAUUCCUCAACAAGGUUCCUCUCAAGAAGAAGCUUCAGCUUCGAGGGUCAACCAGUAUGAUUUGUAUACACAGGUCUUUGGUGCUCAAAACAACAGCAAUUCCCAGAUGCCCUUACCUCUACAAGCUCAGGACUCCUCACUUCACUCAAACUUGACAACCCUUCAAUAAUGCUCAUCAUCAUCAUCACUACCAUCUCGGUCAGUUCCAUUAUAACUCCAUUCAAUUCUAUAUAGCUACACAGCCUUAAUUAUCCUUCAAUAAGGCACAAGACCCUUGGGUGGAAUUAACUUGAGCUUCAGCAGAGGGAGAGGCUAGAGGGUUCUUAUCUAAGCUCACCAAAAUUGGCAUUUUCAAGCAGAAUAUACAAUCUACAUAUUCUCUUCCUCUGCAUUGUAAUGGUGUCUUUCCACAUGAUUAGAAGUUGGAAGUUGGAAGUUGUAACACACCUAAUUAAUCAAACACUUUUGCUUUGUAGGGUUCAUUAAUCUUCAAAGAA